CGAGGGCAUUAAAGCUUCGCACUCUGUAAGGCCCCUGAUAGCAUCACCUUGCGCUUCCUGACAGGAGGAGAGACCUCGACUAUGACGAUGACACUGGAAGGAUGGGCCCCUUAGAGAUUGUCCUUGCCACGAUAUCCAGGGCGGGACAACCGCGGUCAUCUCUAGAGCGGCCAUCGCCCUCGUCUUCGUCCGCUAAGAUGUGGGCUGAAGCGGCUGCCGUCCUCGCAGGAGAAGAUACAGACUUCUGGAUCGAGCUUCCUCCGCCGCCGAAGAGGCGACCCACCUGGCGAGAGUACUAUCAAAGGAGAUCAGGCGCUCCAGACAAGGGCAAGCGCAAGGCAGACUCUCCACACAAGCCUCAGCAGAAGCGCUUGAAACAGCUGACACUAGUCUUUGGCUCCCCAAAGCCCCCCUCUGCACCGGCGAGUGGCAGUACAAGUCAGUAUGGCCUGCACUCAGGGACCCAACCUUCAUUGUCAGGCCCGCUUGCUGAAGCAGCUACUGCGCCAGUACCGGGUCCAAGCUCACGGAAAGACCGAUCGAAGCAAGUCGUAGCACAGAUCAACCCACUGCGACCAUAUUAUACACACCCCGAGAGCUGGGACUAUCCCCCUGACGCGGACCAAUCUCUCUUCGUCGAGCCCCGGCAGCCCUCUGCCUGGUAUGGAGAUCAGAAAUGGCAGCUCACCCAUCGCAUCACACCAAAAUCUGAAGGCUUGCUCUGUCCCUGGACCAUCAAGCCAAGACCAAACCUGUUCACCGAGGCAGAACUUUGUGGCAGGGCCUUCAUAUCGGUCGAGCUGUUGCUAAAGCAUAUCGAGCGCUGUCACUUCAGCAGUACUACGGAGCGUCUCCUCACCUGUAGAUGGGACAAUUGCUCCCAUAGAACCUUCAGCAGUCCUGGCCCUCUGCGGGAACACAUCAUGGACAGACAUACUCGUCACUUGGGUUGGGGGUGCCCUUUUCAACAGUGCAGACUGUCAACUAGUAUACCCCGCGACAAUUGGCAAAGCGACCAGCACAUCGACAAGGCUCACGAUGAGAUGUACGAACCUCUGCGGCCCCUCGCGCUACCCCGACCUGCUGGGCUGCCCACUCCGACAUACUCUGCCGACUUCAGAACCUUGCAGCCCGCGUGGACCUUAUUACUGGCCUGUCCCAAAGCCAGCUCCCGGCAGCAUAGCAAGCCGCUACCUUCACAGAUUCACCAGCCUCCUGCAGCUGCUGCUGGCAUGAUCGGGACAGUCCCGCCUGUGUUCGAGCCUGGCUGCCAUCCCUGGAACGUCAUGCAUCCAAUCUUGGACGAUCUGGAGCCUCAUGCUGUUCCUCUCUUCGGUCUCGAGCCACUUGGUCAGGAAUCUUGGAUCGACGUCGAAGAGCUCACAUCAGAGGAGCGAGCAGCACCGGAGAUUGCAGAUCCAGUCAAGUCCCCUGACAUUGCCGAGGAGCCCGUGGAUGUUCUUCUUGACCCAUGGGACGACCCGAAUGACGUCGACUAUGACGAAGACCUAUCGAGCGGCUUUGUUACCCCACCGUUGCCGCCGGACCACUUCGAUGCACCCGAAGCAGCUGUGAUCAGCUCAGCCCUAUCAAGAGUGACAGGUGACAGGAAGGAGGUCCUCGUUCAGACGGAUCAGAUUGGUAUCGAGGACACGAGCGUAGAUGCUGCUGCCUCGGCAAGAGCAGAUAGCGAGAAUCACUUGGCAGACCCUAGCAGCGCAAGGAGCCCAAGUAUUGGCUACAGCGGCACUGCUGCAAUACCGAGUAUUGUACCUUCUGGACUGCAACCCUCUCAGCGCGAGGGUGAGCCAUCCGAGAGCAGAGAAGCCGGUGUGCAAGCCGGACAGAGCAUGACUGUCAUGAGCAAGACUUCGAAAGAAGCUUCACAGGUGACAGGAAGUGACAUAGUCUCUGUGGACCCCAAGAUCAUGGCUAUGGAGCCAGUAGAAGUGCCCACUUCUUCCGAUCUUCCGUCUGCUGCCGCCGCUGAUGACGGGGAAGGGCUUUCAAAGCCUCUCGAAAGCAGCGAAGCCCAAGUGCAAGCCGAUGGCGACCCUACCUUCACGCUCGCUGCUGCUCCGAAGGAGGUACGCUCCUCCACUCCUCCACCGCCAUAUACCUAUUGACCAGAUGCGGAAGAUUGGGAGGUCCGUACGCUCCAGCCAGUGUUAGUAAGAGCUGGAGCGAAAAAAGGCUUGUUGUGUCGUGUCCCUUCUCCCUUUUCCCUGUUGCUCCCCUCCUCCCCUCUGAUGCCACUGUACAACUACUCACAACAGCGCUGUUGCACUCUCGCGCCCUCGCAGGCGCCCUCGCAGGCGCCGGCGCCAACUCCAGCUUCAGCUCUCAGCAUACCACGGGUCGCUCCAUCUCAUCUCGUCUCGUCUCGUCUCGUCACGUCUCGGUAUCACCAGCCAUACCUGUCAUCUGCACCUGCCCCCUUCAUACCAAUGGCUGCAUGGAUCCUCCAUGUGUACCCAAGUAUUGUCCAUUGCUCAACGCUCGAGAGAUUCUUCGACUUCGACGAGUAGUCUCAG